GCAGCAGGAUGGACCUCAGAAAAUUUACCGUUUUUGCCUUUCUCCUGAACCUGGAGAUUCUCGCUACAACUGUAGAAGGUACACAGCUCUUCUUUUCUUCUUAGGCCGUUGCAAUCUACGCGUGUAGGUUCUUAUACCUGACAAAAAUGUUACUUUUUUCUAGUAGCAAUUGUUUUAAAAUUCUUAAACUUCAAUCUGUUGAAACCCAAUUCAACUCGGUCGAAGACUUUUUAUUUCACUAACAUUUUUCUAGAGAAUAUACUUGUUUUAGAUCUCAACUAAAGCAAGAAUGUCUGGAGGUUAGAUCAUUUGAAUUCAUCAUAGUGAUUUGUUUACAAAUGUGGGGACACAACCGCCACUCCAUCGGGCUUUUAAGUAACUAAAUCAGUGCUCGCGGAGCUGACGAAUUGUUAAGUCGAUUCGAUGUAUUUAUCAUCUCGUUAUUUGCGAAUCCUCUACAUGCAGAAGCAAUGUUCUCAAGAAAAUGACUAUAUUUCAAAGCUCUCGGUCGAUUUAUUUGUUUGCCGCAACUCUGUCAAAAUAUCUACAAAGAGAACAGUCAGGUCUGUAGUCUGGUUACCACUUGGAUCGAAGAAACACGAAAAAAAGGGAUAAACAUUUAUCCCAUGUUUCAUAUCCUCAGAUGACUUGGCAGUUUUAAGAUUUCAAAACCUAAGAUUUUGCCAGUGGGGUGAGGACUUUGAAAAACCUGCCCUUAAGACUCCACACCCACAUUCUGACGCAAUGCGGAAGUUUUAAUAUAUUUCAAAUUUUUGAAGGAAUAGUGAUGAUUUCUGUCAGUUCAGCGACCCGCAUUUAACAGAAAACCUUAAACAAGUUUUAUAUUUUUGAUUUUUUUUUUCCGAGUCAGUCAUUCCCAUGAUUCCUGUACUUCUCGGUAGCGAUCUACAGAUUUCCUACUUCGUAGAGUUCUGUUUUAAUCCAAUCAACGAUAACUGUCAUUGCCCCUUACCCUUUUGGUGCAAGGAACCGAGAUCACCUGAUAAUGUUUGCGCACGUGUAACGUGACCAGAAUCAAGACAUCUAGAUUUGCUUUCAAGUGGAAUAACUGAAAAUAAACAAAAAAGUAGCUAGAGGAGUCGAAAUGAGACUUGAAGCAAUUCUAAAGAGAAUUGUCAAGCAAUUUGAGUUUGCCAGUAGGAUGGACUUCGGAAUAGACAAUGACUUAAGCACGAGUGAAACAUUGAAGGUUGAUGACAACAACAAACCAAAAUAAAGACAACCUCAAUAGGAUGGUAUCUAAGUGUGCAUUUUUUUUCUUUAAUUUGAUAUUACUUUCCUAAACUGAUUUGUCUCCAAAUGUCUCAGCGUGCGUCUAUAUCGCGCUGGCCAGAUAUGCAAUUCGCCAACUUAUUCAUUACCAUUUUAUGAUUAAGAGCAUUCUGGAUAUUUUAAAUGUAAACUAUCUGAAGUAUAUAUCGUAAAAUUCGUCUUCCUGAAUUUUCUUCACGUAACGACUAUCAAACAUUUUAUGAUACAAAUGAAAAGCCUUCUUUUAAGAUAGCGCAUUUUUCGGUCCUGUGCAACUCGACGGUAGACUGAGUCGUUUAUUGUUUUUUUUUUUUGUAUUUAACUAGAACUAGGCCAAGUUACGUUUUUACCGCGCUAUUUAUAUGAAAAAUGAAAUUCACAAAAUCCCUGAAAAAGAAAAAAAGGCUUAUAAUUCGCAAAAAUAAAUAAAGAGGAACCGAUCAGUUCCGUCAUUUCCACAUCUAAAACACAGCCGCUCUGAGACACGCCCCUCGCCUCUCUUUAAUUUCAAGCCACACUCUGCUCAUUUUCAGGUAUUUCCUAUCAAGGUGGCAAACUAAACGCAUCAGAGACACGUCAAGGAUGGAAUUGCGACGGCGGAUGUGAGGCGCCACAACAUUGUACCCUACCACGCUGCACCAAUGUGGUAUUUCCGCAAACGUUUAGUGGAUCUGGAACCGUAAGUAAACCCUAAGCAAUUAAAACUUAUAGUCUAAUCUUCAGGGUUCGGGGUAACUUUCUUUUGUAAGUGAAUCACAUUAAGCUUCUUUAAAAAUCUAAUGUUCUUUACAAAUUUUGAUUUGCCAAAGUACUUGUGGUUUUCUGUACUUCGGUGCGCAUAGGUAUGCUUAAGUGCUUCUAAUCCCUAAGAUGCGUAUGUUUUUGAACAAAACAAAACAGAACAAAACAAAACAAAUACAAAAAGCCGGAAGAUUCUGACGAUAAAUAUAGAAGGUCUCUAUUCCAUGAAAUGGGAAUUUGGGGGUAAAAUGUGAGAGUGUGUGGAGGGGGGGGGGGGUGGGCGAUUGGGGUCGAUUAGCUAGACUCUCUUUUUCUUCAGAUUUAGUGUGUGGAGUGAACGCGUGCGCGAGCGUCGAGCAGACGCGAGAAACAAGGGAGGCAUUCUCGCGCCUCCAGUCACGCGCAAGGCCACGCCUGACUUGCGUGUCUCGCGUAUCUCGCGCGUUUCGGUCGACGGAUUAGGAAAAAAAGAGAGACUGCUCAUAGUCUAGGGUGGACUUGUCACCUGAUAAAUUUUCAUUGAUGCCUGUCUUUACCUAACGCAUUUCAGGUUCGAGUUUUUGUGUCAUUAAGCCAUGAAGAUCAGUCUUCAGUUGUUCAUUCGCCUUCCGCCGUGUGGGCAGAGUCCAUUAGUACAGCUGGAUUUCAGUUAUGCUCGCGUGCAACAGGUUCUACAAACGACACUGGAAUUAUCAACUGGGUAGCAUUCCAGGACAAACCCAUGUUAACGCAUGGAAGCGUUACUUUUAGCGGAAUAUGGACAACAGAAACUAAGUGUGAGAAGGUGGCCUUUUCUCAGGUUAGAUAACAAUAAUUGACAACGAGUAUAUAAUUUUGUUACAAAGGUGUAAAACGUAAUUAAAUAGUAGAAACAAAUGAAAUAGUAUCAGAAGGUAGUUCUAAAACAAAUGAUCACUAAUUAAUAUCCGGAAUUUGCUCUUCACAGCAGAGUUCACUGCUAAAAGUCUUUUUAAGUUUUCACUUGGGCUUAUUUUCAAACUUUUCCUUCCAUCACCUUUAGAUAUGCCAUUUUCACGUUUUACUUUGGAGGUAGUGAUUGAAUAAUGCUUGACCGUUUUGAAUGUAUUGAUGUGUUUAAGGUAAUUUGGAAAAUAGAAGUCUAUUUUUUAAUGAUAUUAAAUUUGUAGCAUUAAAAUUAACAAAGUUAGCCGAAAAGGACCAUUGUUGUUUGUAACUUUAUUUAAGUAAUGGGCCAAAUAAGAUGCAUUCACCAACCUUUUUAACACUUCGUAGAAAGAGGUGAAAAAGGGGUAGAAUAUUGAGUUAAUGGGAAUAGACAAGUAGAUUUAAUUAAUCUGCUCCCCUUAAAUCCUUAAUUUCAUUUAAGUGCCGCUGAGUACUUCAUCGAUACGUUCAUGCUGACUUAUCUUUCGAGAAGUUUGUUUAUUUUUCAAUCGAUAGUUUUUGAUAUAUGUAACAAUUUUUUUGCAGAGCUUUGCUUCCAAGCCUCGUGUAUUUGUCUCAGUUAAGUAUACUCGCAGUACAAAGCCAAAUGACGCUAUGUACUUAUGGUUAGAAAACGUCAAUUCUGGAGGAUUUGAAGUGUGCUUGAGGGAAUUCUUGCCCUUUGAUGGAAAACACAAAGAUGCAGUUGUGGUAGGUGGAGAAAAAUGUCCGAGUAAACUAUAGUAUUGCUGAAAACAAACAAACAAACAAACAAACAAACUUGACUUUGCCACACCUCGGCAGCCCGCGAAACCAAUUGCCCAGAACGUUUUUGACGCAAUUAAGGUCAGUGUCAUGUCUCACGCAGUCAUUUCUUGUUAAAGGAAACGUCGCUCGAAACCUGACGCAAAUCGUCUUGUAAAAAAAGGGGUAGCAAAUUAAACAUUAUUUUCUUGUCCGCAGGACUGGUUUGCAUUUACUGGAAAUGGGAGUCAACUUAAUUUCACAUUAACUGGAGAAGAAAUCUUUCCAAACAGUGGAAAUCCAUCGGCCAAAAACAACUACGGCUUCUGUCAGGUGAAAACUUUAGUUCUAACAAGAACAUUUAGCAAGCCAAAGAAUACUGAUUUUUUAGUGGUUAAGUUCAAACUAAAGAAAACUUAAAAUACAGUAAACCCAAACUUACCAGGCCAUGGUAAUCAACAUUGUAUCCAAAAUGGCAAUUCCAAGAUGAGCGCGACAUGUUUAUCUCGCGAUUUUGAUGUGCGCAUAUUUCGCGAUUCUUAAAUUUCGUGACUUUGCGAGAAUUUUAUAUUUCGAAUCUCUUCAAUUUCGCGUUGUAGACAGUGGGCGAAUAUUAGAAGUGGGUAAUUUACGGAAGAUGGGCAAAAAUAGAGGGAGAAGUGAGCACGUUCAGAUCCAUUUACUAACUUACAUGACUUUUUUACCUAUUUACAGGAAGUGCCUUUCAAUACGACCUUUUACAAAUCGCCAGUUGUGAUUCUUUCCGUGAAUCAUGAGUAUAAUCUUAAGGUCAAGGGAAGUCGUCUUCCAGAAAAUAAUAUAAUAUCAGCCUGGCUAGAGGUAGGUUUGGUUUUUUAUUCUAACCUGAGAAAACAGCCCGCCCGACAUUUCGCGCGACGCCACCACUAGUUUUCCCAGAAAAUGAGGAAAACCCCGUUUCACGACGCAAUUACCGGCUUUCCCGUAAAAAAACGUCUGCGGAAGAGUGCAGAAAUUCCAUACUGAUGACGUCUACUUCCCAGAUCAAGAUAGUGCUUCUGAUUGGUCAUGCUACAAAAUAAAUUUUCUUUAACCAAUCAAAAGCACUGCCUGCCCAGAUCUGCGUAGUGACAUGAUCAUCAGUACGCAAUUUCUGCGCUCGUUCCUCAGACGUCUUUUCACGGAAGAGCCUUUAAUUGCGUCAUGAAACGGGGUUUUCCUCACUGGGUUAUAUUCUUGAUGGUCACUUGAGGUUAAUGAUAAUGAACAGGGAUUUUUUCAGUGCUUUACUACAUUAUUCUAUUCAAUUAUUUGCUUGAACUCUCACGACACCUUUGAGAUCCAAAAGCCCAUAUCACUUGUUCAAUCAGGGGAGAGAAGAAAUCCGUUUAUUCUAAUAAAUUUGUAAAAGUACUGUGAAAACUGUGAAAAAGCCAUAAGAAAGCAAUAAUUUGGAUCUGAUCCAUGAAUUUCAUGACUUAAAGGUAUCGACGUAGAAAUCAAGAAGAAAUUAUGGAAUUUCUAGUAACUGAUGAGUGCUAUCACAUUUUGCUGUAGGAAGUUGGAUUAGAAUCUAUGAAAGUCUGCGUUAAAGACCUCAGUGGAUUAGGAUCGAGUCAUGAUCCCUUGAUUGUCAGCUACGCUGUUACUGGAGGUUGUUUAUAAUUUUCCUAUUGUAAUGAUCACUAUUUCUAGUAAGAACUAUUGUUAUUUUUAUUAUCAUUUUUUUUUUGAUAUCUUUUAGAAGUUGUUAUAUGUAGGAACAUUUCAUGAUAUAAUUAAAAAAAACACUGGAGUACAAACACUGACAUACCUUAUUCAUGUUACACUCUAUCUUUGCACGAACUUUAAGAUUGAUCAUUGAUGGGAUAAGAGCAAUUAGAGGGCACACAAGUAAUAAAAUUGCCAAUACUAGUAAUCGAGUAAUCGACUGCAUUCUUGUAUUUACUGAUUUUAUCCCUUGCUUGCCCCCUGAGACACCACGUAACAUUGCUUUAAUUUAUUCCAUCAGUCCUAAGCGCGUGCAGAGAUGGCGGGUAUCGUUAAUAAGGUCUACUAUUAAAGGAUUAAAAAAAAAAAAACAUUUGUUGAGGUACCUACAAGCAAACAUGUUACUACUACUGAACAGUAACUUAGUUUUAAUUGAAAUAUGAAAAAUAUAUUAGACAUUUAUGUUUUUUUCCAAAUGGAUAACUACUCAAUAUUAUGUCUCUUUUUUCUUGGUACAGACCUUAAUCCUUGCCUUAAUGUGCAUUGCCCACGGUUUGGAGGCUGCAGGACCUACAGUGCGCAUGACGCUCGGUGUGAGUGCGAUGACCAAUGCCCUUCAUAUAAAGACCCAGUGUGCACUGCAAACGGAACAACUUACGACAACCGAUGCUGGCAUAAGUUAAGCUAUUGCAGAGGACUUGAAAAUAAUCUGGUUUAUCACCCUGGAAGCUGUGAAGGUAUAACGAAAAAUAAUGUCAGCGAUUUUUUUUGGCUGUAUAUGCCACAUGAAAUAGUCUGGGAGUUAAACUCUCGAUUGCUUAGAAUUAUUGGUGUUGGCUCAAAAUUGAAUUGACUUCAAGUUAUGAUGUUUAUAACUUUUCGUUACUUUUAAGCUCGCUUUUAGCUCCUCACGCAGGCUAAACAACGAUAGACAGCUGUAACAAGCUACUUCGUCUCUCUGCUUUGGCAAACAAACAUAUAGCAACCCAGACUAUAGCCAAUGUUUGGUCUGUGUAAGAUCUUUUAUCCUCAUUUGUCUUGCAAUUUAGUUUUUAUCGCGUAAAAUUAGAUUACACAAAUCUGCUCGGGGCAAAUAUGGUGCAAAAAAGUGCAAAAGAGGAGGAAAUCAAAGACAAAUGGAGUUGCAUAAUUGAGGGCAAAUGCAGUAUUUACUAUCUUUGCCCUUGAUUUCAUCCUCUUUUGCAAUUUUUUUGCAUCUUAUUGGCACUGAGUGAAUUUGCUGAAAAUCAAAUAUUUCCCCCAGUGGCGCGCGCUCCCAAUAUACUGGCAUAUGUUUAUCUUUGAACUGGCACAUGUUUAUCUUGGGCACUGAAACCAGCAUGCAAUAAUAAGCAGCCACUAUACAUUUCGUUGUAGAAAGGUAGCCGACAUGGGAAGUUACAGCCUAGUUUUAGUUCCAUUUCCACGCUUUUUUUAUCACCACCCUUCACCACUUAGAGUUGCACUACAACGCAAGCUAGGGAAGCUACGUAAGCGAUAAUGCUUAAAGAGCACAGUGAUGCUUCCUUAUAAAGUACUUAAUUUAUUACAAAACAGGUUUUCCAAUUGCUCGGGGCCGUGUAGAUCUGCUACAGGUUCCAAAAUGGUCAGAUUCAAACUGUCAGACAGUCACAUUUCCUCCAUACCGGUUUUAUCCGGAUAAACAAGUUCAUGUUCAAAUAACCGUCAAUCACAUGAAGCUGAAUGACUCUGUGACAGUCCACGACGCUGUUACUUCAUGGACAGAAAGUAUCAACACAAAAAACUUCACCGUCUGUGUCAUGCAAACCGGGAGGAAAGAAGAAGGCGCGAAUCCAUUUGCCACCAUUGAUUGGGUGGCUUAUCAAGGAGCACCGCCCGAAGGAUUGACGGGAACGGUUGAGUUGCAGAAAUGGUGGUCUGGUACCAACUGCGCAGAUGUCACCUUUCCUACGGUGAGAUGGGAAUGUACAUAUUAAAUUAAAUUAUAAUUGGUGCAAAUUCAAUUGAGGUCUCCAUGACGAAUGUUAGACUUUCAUUCAUGUGACAUCUUUAAUCCAUGUCUUGAAAAAAAAAACAACAACAACAACAACAACACCAAAAACAGCAAAAAAACAAAAUAAAUAAAUACUAAAUGAUUGGAAAAUUGAGUCUUGUGACCCUUAGCCAAAACAUGACAGAUUUAAUCACGACUUGUCUGCGUAACAAAAGAAGAAAAACAUCAAGAGCGAAACUGUGAAGGAGAGACCUCCUUUACACCCAUUUCAACAAAAUGAAGCGCUAAUCUGAUACAAAGAAGCAGCUUAUAGCAAAAAAAAAAGAAAACAAAAACACAAAAUAUUUGUUUAUCUAUUUGAAUUAACUGACAAGAAUUCACAACUUACGUUAAAGAACAUAUUAAAACUUUCCUUGAACUAGAAAAAUGAGGCACAAAGUUAACAAAAAAAUAAUCGAUUAUUACAAGGUAACUGGGGAGAUGAUUGCUAGAUCUUCUAAAAAGUUGUGACCGACUUAGCGACUUAGUUAACAAGACAACAUUAGGUAACAAGUAAGAAUGGGAACUUACUUAGUGGUUAGUUUCAAGUAAUUUUGCUGUUUCGAUUGUUGUUAUUGCUUUUUCUUCAGGGCAAGUUUGCCGAGGCGCCAAUAGUCCUUGUGACGUCAGAGCACCUGAGGACUGGUAAAGAGUAUGAUGCUGCUCUCAUUUGGAUUGAAGACGUAACAAAGGACUCAGUUAAAGUCUGUCUUCGUGAAAUGCAAAACUUUGACGGUAGACACCAAGAUAUCACUGUGGUACGUUCUUAGUCAGAUUUUAAAAAACUGGAACGCGACUGUCCUCAAAAUUUGUGAGGAAUGCUGGUCUUGAUAAAAAUAUAACAGCGUUAAGAGGAAAAAGCAUUGCUAAGUAAUGAUUGUCUGGGUGAUCGCGAGGGAUGAUCAGUCAAACGAAAGGAAAUGUAGAAUCAAAAACAUAAAAAGAAACGGAAAUAAUAAUAAUAAUAAUAAUAAUAAUAAUAAUGAAUAAUAAUAAUAAUAAUAAUAACAAUAAUAAUAAUAAUAAGAAGAAGAAGAAGAAAAAGAAGAAGAAGAAGGAAAAGGAAAAGAAAUGAAUUGAAUAGCAUUACGGGUGGUGAAUUUUAAAUAGCACACAAAUUGGUCUUCCUUGUCCCCAUGCCUCCCUUCACGCUCUUACGUGAUUCGCCUGAUGUCUUAAAAAAUGUGGAUUUGCACCCUGUUCUUGACGCCUUGCGCUCUUUGUUAGGUCACAACUUCAUAGAGUUCAAAAUACUUAGAUUCCAAGGGGCCUAAAAAUGCUGAGUUUAUUUUUUUUGUUGGUGUAGUACGAUUCUGUCACAAGAUGGGUGGCAUCACUUUUGUCUUUUCCUCUUUUCACAGAACUGGUUUGCCUUCUCCAAACUGCACAAGCCUCUUUUCACUGAACAUGGUGUCAUACGUUUUCCAAAUACGAACCCACCUUUGAUGAAAUGAACAAUGCUUAUUGCCAGGUGAGAAAAGAAUUCUUUUGCAAAAGCACUGAGUAGCAUGCUGUUCACAGCAUUUUCCCCUCACAGAUAUAUCUCUUUACUUACAUCACUGAUUAUAUUUUGAAAAACACUUUUAGUCAUAUACACUUUGCGCGAUUAAUAGAGAUCAAAGUGACUAGAAAAGUAACGAAGCUGGUCCACUAAUCAAUACUUUAAGACAAGAGGUCAAGAAGUACAGACCGAUAACGUCCCUCUUAACCAUUGACAAAGUGUUUGAGCAAUUGCACUGUAAACAAGUGACUGUGAAACUCGACCGCAUCUUUUCUAGCCGAAGCGCUGCUUACAGAAAGGGACACAGCUGUGAGACCACUCUACUACGUCUGACUGAGGACUGGAAGCUAGCAAUAGACAGGAAAGAGUUAGUAUGUAUUUUAUCGUCUGAUAUGAGUAAAACGUUUGACUCUCUCAGCCACUCGCCGACACUAACAAAGCUUGAAGCAUACGGUUUUGAGUCCUCAGCGUUAGACAUCAUGCGAUCAUUCUUUAACAACCGCCAAAAUAGAGUAAGAUUGGGAAAUAAGGAAAGGAACUGGUAUUAAAUCAGCAGAGGGUGUCCUCAGGGGUCUUCCUUCAGCCCCCUGCUCUGGAACUUAUUUCAGAAUGACCUGCCCUGCUCCAUAACUACAGCUAAACUUUCGAUGUAUGUGGACGACCACCAGUUGUAUACCUUCUCAGGAACUAAUUUUACAGUUGUAAGGGAAGCCUUUGAGCAGGAAGGUCAACUUGCCCUGUCUUGGUAUCGUGAUAACUUUCUAGUCGCAAAUCCUGACAAAUUCCAGGCGAUGAUCCUUUAUCCUAGAAAUAUUGACAUUGAAAGCUAAUACACUGAUAUAAGCAUAGAUGGUAGGGUCAUUACAAAUACAGAUUACAUCAAACUGCUUGGCGUCCACAUUGAUUGCAGUACGAAGUUCAGUGGUCAUAUUAGCGAACUGAGUAAGAAAGUCAGUAAGAAAGUAGGGAUCCUAAUGCGCCUGCGCAAUCUUGUUCCCUGCUCAGCUAUAAGUCUUCUAUAAGUCUUCCAUCCUGCCUUACCUUACCUACUGCCAGCUGGUAUGGCACUUCUGUAAGGCCUCCAACAGCAGGAAAAUAGAACGCCUUCAAGAACGUGUCUUAAGAGCGGUAUACAGAACAAAGUCUGCCUCUUACCAGACACUACUAAAAUAUCAGGACUACCCAAGAUGCAAAAUCGUAGAUUGUAGGAUAUAGCAAUACUUAUGAACUCAAGAACAACCUCGCCCCUACUGACUUAGCAGAAAUUUUUAAUUUAAAUGAUUCGAGGUAUUCUCUGCGAAACAAGGACUUUCAUUUACAUACUAGAUUCAAUACUGUAACCUACGGUUCCUACGGUCAUUUCGUUACUUUGGACCUUUACUAUGGAAGAGAGACUAAACAACAAGGUCAAGCAAUCACCCAGUCUUCGGUCUUUUUUAGGAACGCUAUCAGAAAUUUAGAUAUUUCUGGUAUUUUUUUAUUAUCUUUUUAUUAGCUUCGCCAAAAAAAAAAAAAAAAAAAAAAAACAUAGGCAAACAAACAAACAAACAGAAAGAACGUUGGCAGGGACACCGCAACAGCUGUGGCCAAUUGCAUUGGGCCAAGAUACUAAUAAAAAAAAUCAAAGCAAGAAAUAUUAAGAAACACAGCGAUACAAGAAAAACUACAACUACAUACAACAAGUUAUUGGACGAGACAAAGGACGAGCACUGUUACAUUUUAAACAGAUAGACUUGAACGAACGUGGGUCUUCACAAUCAUAAGAAACAGCUAACGCGAACUUAUAAUAAUUAAAGAUAACCGAUUUAAAGGAAGCUAAGGUCGAUGAGCUCAAAUCUAGUUCAUCCACUAAAACAAUUCCAAAUUCCACUAGUUCUAAUGAGAAAGGAUUUCUGGUACUUAGUAGUUUUACAUUUCUUAAUUAUGUAUUUAUUAACAUUGCUGAUUGAGGAUUAGUGGGUCUACCGUAUUUGCGAACUUCAGGUAGGACAGAGGAGUUCACGUUCAAGACCGUGUUUCAAUUUGAAAAAAAAGGUUAGAUCUACAAGUUCAUGCCAGUAACAAAUAGGUAUUAGGUUAAGAGUUUGGAAACGAGACUUAUAACUUAUAUUAAAAGGCAGUUUUAACAUAAACUUAGUCGUUCGUCUUUGGACACGCUCAAGCUUGACGAUGAGUUCGAUGGACUGCGGGGCCGUUCCCCAAAUCUGGCCUAACUAGGGCUACAAUUGCAGGUAUAGCGUUCGUCUUACGUCGGUUCUAAGAGUGAACCUCGUGUUCCUCUUUAAGUAUCCAAGUAGUUUAUGAGCACGCAAAGAUUGUUCGUUUACUUGUUUGUACCAUGUCAGAUCCUUACUAAUCCAUUCGCCCAGAUCUUUUUCUGCAACAUAUAAUUCAAGUGCUGUGUUGUUGAGGUUGUAAGAGGAUAAGAUCGGCCUUGUUUUCCUUGUUAUGUGCUGCGCCUUAUUCUUAGCUUCGUUAAAAAGGAGACCGGAUGAUUGAGACCAAGUUGCAAGCUUACCAAGGUCUUUCUGGAGAGAAGAGGCAUCCCCCAUAGUCUUUAUCUUGCUGAAUAUUCUUGUGUCGUCAGCGAACACCAAUACUCGACUGCUGGAACUGAUGACUUCGGGAAGGUCGUUGACGUAUAAGAGGAAGAGGGCUGGUCCGAGUAUGGUACCCUGAGGUACUCUAGAGGUAGAAGGAAGAUCCUCUGAAGUGGCGCCGAGUACCGUAACGCGCUGACGUCGACAUGACGGGUAACGCCUCGAUAAAUGGCAGUUCGUUAGCACCUGAAGCGCUAUCCACGGAGUGGCAGGAGAUGUUCGGCAAGUUGAUGUCACCAGAAAUUUAGAAAGAUGUUAAAUAAAUAUACCCAACUAGGGUCUGAAUCCGGAGGCCCGUAACAAGAACAGAAUAUAAUCUUCUGAUCAGAUUUUAGAAAAUAACGGUGACUGUUGUAACCCUUGCGGGAUCCUAAUUUUAUGAUUUUAAGAUUUUUAAAAUUUUAAUAUGUAUUAUUAUGAAUUACUAUGUAUUUUAGAUUAGUGUGCCAAAUCAGAAUUAUUAUAAUUAGUAUUAUCAUAGAUUAUUAUUAUUAUUAUUAUGUAAUUUUAGACAACAGUGUCCUCAAUUAGCCAUAUACGUUGACACUUAAAUAAAGUUCUUAUGUCUUAUUACAUUGUUAUAUUAGACAUAUCAAAAUAUCAAAAUGGCAGUUUGUUCUGUUAAAAUGAUUCAUCGCAAAUAUUGCUUGUUCAAUUGUGACUUCAAAAAUAAACACAAUGACGGGAACUGAAGCUAGUAGUGAUAAGGAAACAGUGUUAAACGUUUUAUGUUUCUCUUUCAUGGCAGUUCUUUUCAUUCACGAGAGCUUAUAACUCGACUCCGACAGUUCUUGUCUCAGCUAAUCACAGCACGACGGUGUCUGGGAAUUCCGCACCGAUUCAUAACGGAAUUACAACUUGGAUCGAGGUAAAAUUUUCCCUAAUUGGGAAGGAUUGUGGGGAUGUAUCAAGGGAAAAAAAACUUCAAACCAAAAACUCGACGAAAGAUAUCACUGAACAGAGACACACGCUUGCUUGAGGCGAUGUAUAGGUCAAUAAUAGGUGUGGGGCAAAAAUAUGCCUAUUGAAGUUGAGAUUGCUUAUUGGCUACCUUUUGACGUUAAUUAUCGAAUACGAUUAUGUUGUCGGUACAAAAUAAUAUGUUUAAAUUAUAAUAUCUUUAAAUUAUCAGCAGGGGCCGCGGUGGUCUCGAAAUUCAGAUCUCAUUGUGUGGGUUUAAAAGUUACUUUAGAGCUGUUUCCUUGGACACGAAACUUUGCUCCAAUCAUUUGGCUGCUUUCUUCAUCAACAGGGAUAUUUAGCUCCGUCCUUCUGGGCCUCAUAGCUAAUUUGUGCCACUUCCGUGCCCCUUAUUAGGGUCUAAAAAGGAUAUUUUUGACAAAAUUUCGAACGAUUAUUCACUACAUAAGUCUUUGAUUUUUUAUACCUUUGUUAUGUUACAUAAGAAGACGUAGGAGAAAGAUUUAAAAAUAUUCUGGUAUUCUCUGCCUGUUAAUUCAGUUGUUUAUGACUACAAUUUUAGCUGUACUAAACUACGUUGAGUGCUCAUUUUUUUUUUUUCAGAACAUGAAUACCUCUGGAUUCAGAGCCUGUGUCAAGGAAUUAUACGGGACCAGAUAUGACCCCUUGUCCGUCGGUUAUGCCGUGCUCACAG